AUAUUGAUCGCUGGACAGUGCGGUUCACCAUCAUGACCUCCUUUCCAACCUUGACCCUGGACGUAAGUACUCGUCAAGCCGAUGGUUGCUUCGCCUGUGAUCCGUCUCAUCGCUGCGUUAACAAGACCGCAAUGGCCAAAGCACCUUAUAAGGCUUCGAGCUUCACAUUGGAAUCAGAUCAUGAGACAAGCCGGAGCCUGAGUAUUCUCUAAGGGGGAUAGUUCUACCCUUUGUGUAAGCACACUCCUUGUAUUUAUACCACCACCGUCUCUUCCACUAGAGACGACUGUACCAUAUUCUUUAUCUUGAGUUGCCACCAACGAACGAACAACACUUGUUAUGUCUGCCAAACCUACAGAAGAUCCGCUUGUUAACAAGGCCCUUCCCAAUGGCAUAUUGCCUCCUAACUUCGAGUUACCGUAUCCCGAUAAACCAGAGCUGAUCACGGCGAACUUGUUAAAGUUGUUCGAUCUUACACCUGAUCCCCGUAUCAAGUUCGUUAUGAAGAAUCUGGUAAACCAUCUUCAUGCGUUCGUGAACGAGACAAGUAUUACCACUGAAGAAUGGAUGAAGACCAUCCAGUUUUUGACCACCGUUGGUCAGACUUGCACUCCCAUUCGUCAAGAGUUCAUCCUGCUGUCUGAUGUCCUUGGAGUAUCUGCUCUGGUCGAUGCCAUCAACAACCCUCCCGUCAAGGGCGCCACAGAAAGCAGUGUUCUCGGACCUUUCUUUACUGAAGAUGCGCCAGAUAUCGAGCAAGGCGGUUCGAUUGCGUCAGAGGGUAAGGGACAAUAUAUGUACGUCGAGGGCACAGUUCGGUCGACCGAUGGCACACCUAUUCCCGAUGCUGUCAUCGAGACGUGGGAGGCGGAUGAGUCUGGUUCCUAUGACACGCAGUACAAGGAUCGCGAUCAUCCUGAUUGCAGAGGACGCUUGAGAACAGAUAAGGAUGGUCGAUUUGGUUAUCGUGCAGUGACUCCAGUUGCAUAUCCAAUCCCAGGCGAUGGCCCAGUCGGUGAACUUCUCAUCACAAUCGGCAGACACAAUCUGCGGCCCAACCAUUUGCACUUCAUGGUGGAGAAGUCAGGAUUCCGGAAACUCGUUACAUCUCUGUAUCCCGAUGGCGACCCAUUCCUUUCUACCGAUGCCGUCUUUGGUGUCAAGAAGAAUCUUGUUGUUUAAUACUUAUUUUAGAAAUUGGAGGAAGUGAAUGACGAUGCCGAGGCUCGCAAGCGAGGAUUCCCCAAGGGCGGUUCUUUCAAGUUGCUGAAGUACGAUGUCGUGCUCGUACCAUUGGACGAGGCUAAGGCAGCCCUUGAGGAGUUUUCUAAACAACGAGCGAAGAACGCGGCUGCAUGAGCGAAUGGCAGUUUUUCUUCCUUGAUAGCAACGCAACAAGGCUUCGACACUGUUAACAUAGUUUUCCGUUUUGAAACCCCAUGUACGAAUAGCAUCAGAUCCAGCCUGGAUUUCUUUCGAUUGUUUAUACGAAUUCUGUUGACCGAUUCAUCUUCCCAGCGGGGGAUUCGAACGGACGCGUUCUUGUAGCGAUUG